CAGUUGAGCGCUGACCACGAGGCAGGAAGAAAUUGAAGUGAAAAAGACGUGACUGAAAAAGAACAAUUUGAAGGAACGGAUUCAUUUCUUAACAAGAACAAGUUUGAAUUAAAUGGCUGAUAAACAGAUCAGUCUACCUGCCAAGCUGAUCAAUGGAGGGAUAGCUGGGCUGAUUGGGGUCACCUGUGUAUUUCCCAUUGACCUGGCAAAAACUCGCCUGCAGAACCAGCAGAAUGGCCAGCGGAUGUACACCAGCUUGUCUGACUGCCUCAUUAAAACAAUUCGGUCGGAAGGCUACUUUGGCAUGUACAGAGGGGCUGCAGUGAACCUGACUCUGGUGACCCCAGAAAAGGCUAUCAAACUGGCGGCCAAUGACUUCUUCCGGCAUCACCUCUCCAAAGACGGGAAAAAACUGACACUGAUGAAGGAGAUGCUGGCGGGCUGCGGUGCAGGUACCUGCCAGGUGAUUGUCACCACUCCCAUGGAGAUGCUCAAAAUCCAGCUGCAGGAUGCAGGACGUAUUGCGGCACAGAAGAAGCUGAUGGCAGCACAGGCCCAACUCUCCUCUUCCCCUGCGGCGGGGGCGGCCGAGCCGGUGGUGGAGACGCGCACCACAGCGACACAGAUAACGAGGGAGCUGCUGCGGAGCAAGGGCAUCGCGGGACUCUACAAGGGCCUGGGAGCCACACUGCUAAGGGAUGUCCCAUUCUCCAUUGUUUACUUCCCGCUGUUUGCAAACCUGAACAAGCUGGGCCAGAAAGACCCCAAUGUCAAGGCUCCAUUCUACGUGUCCUUCCUCUCUGGAUGUGUGGCUGGCAGUACGGCUGCAGUGGCUGUCAAUCCUUGUGAUGUGAUCAAAACGCGGCUGCAGUCCUUGCAGAGGGGAGUGAAUGAGGACACCUACUCGGGAAUCCUGGACUGCACCAAGAAGAUCUGGCAGAAGGAAGGGCCCACAGCCUUCUUCAAAGGGGCAUACUGCCGAGCCCUGGUCAUUGCUCCUCUCUUCGGCAUUGCACAAGUUGUCUACUUCAUUGGCAUCGCGGAGUUCCUGUUGGACAUGCUCCCCAAGCCCCGGGCCUAGCCCUGGCAUGCUGGUGUGCCCUCCCGCCCUCUGCAGCGCUGAAUUCAUCCCCGUGUUCACCAUCCAUGCCCAUUGAUGUCAGAGCAACAGCACAAAGGGUUCGCGCAGGGAUGCCGAAGGGAUGUGGUCUCCAGAUGAGCAAACAUGGGGAGGGAGAGAGUCCCUUCUCUGUCUUGGUCUGGAACCUGCUCCCUCCUGGUCCUUCCACGGACAAUAGUUAAUUAUUCAUAUCUCUUUUUUUUUCUAAUUUCCCUUUCUUUUUUUUUUAAUUGUCAUUCUUAAGGACACUGGUAAGCACAGACUGGGCUUGCAGACCCAGAAGUCUCCUCUCAGCCUUGGGGAGAAAGAGAGAGGGGAAAGAAAUAACUUGAACCCUCAUCCACCACAGAUUCCCUCUUUCUUCCUGGAGCUGCCAGCUAUCUGAGGAGGAGCUGGAGGGGCAGCUGUGUCCCCUCAGCACCUCCUUGGGUCAAGAGUGGGCACUGCACAAAGGGGGCUUAUCUUAUUGCUGCUGGAGGCACAGUGGGGGGGGUGCUGGAUCUGGCAAGUUCCUUGGCCUGGAAACCUUCACUCCUCCCUUCUCCCUUUUUAAAAACGAGUUGGACUUAAAUGAAUGCUGAUUGUUAAUAUUGAUUUUGUAAUUAUUUUUGUUUUAAAGCAAAAGGGAUAUCCCUCCUAACUAGGUGUCACAGGCACAUUCUGGUGAGGUGCAGAGAUAGGAUGUCUGCUCUGUAGGGAACAUGUC